AUUGUUCAGAACCAACAUCAGUCUUCGCUGGAUCGCAGCAGAGUAAGAUAAUCCUUCCACAACUGACAAUGCAUCGAUACGUAGCGCUAGUAGCCGUUCUGGUCGUCUCGGUAGCCGCCGAAGCCCCCUAUCCUGCAUCCGGAUGGCGCCCGGAAGGGGCACAGUUCCGCUUGCCAACGGAAUACGGUGCACCGUUGCUGUUGCUCCAACCGCAGCCUCGCCGUGUUGAGGUACAAAUUACUCGCGAAAACGUACAGUUUGCAGGGCGUCAGAUCGCCCAAGAGCAGGUGCCCGUUACAACCACCACCGUUGAACCAGUGACGCAGACGACUCCGGUCACAACGACGACCACCGAGCAGGCGGAUCUGGAUCCACUCAAGGUACAAGGACUCCCGUCGGACCAACGCAAAGACUUCCAGCAGCGUGCCAAUCUCCGUCAGCAGGUCGUAAAUCGUCCGCUUCCCGCCAACAUUGCCCAGCGUCCACUGUUCCCGGUGAGUGGACAACUUCGUGCCCUGCCGGCCGUACGAGGACCUGUAUUCCAGCAACAGGUGGCUCAGCAACCGCAAGCUGUGCCGGCUGAAACCUACGGUCCACCGGAGCAGGAAGAAGAGCAGCAGCAGCCGGAAGAGCUACCCGCUACCACUGAGCAGCCUCAGGUGCCGCAAGACGAAGGCGACGAUGACUACGACGAGGAUGACGCCGGACGUACGGUGGUGGCCGUUUCCAACGCAUUCUCCGGGCAGUACUACAUUCUGGCACCGGACAACACCCUGCAGCGCGUCAUCUACAGUACCAUGGUCACGGAUGAGGAUCGUCAGGUGAAUGGGUUUUCCGCCCAGCUGAAGUACUCACCGGUGGAUCCUAUCCGCGAUCCGGUCUACACGUACGACGAACAGGGACAGCUGGUUCGCAUCUACAAGAAGUGAGAGAUGUUUAACGAUUCACGGCAUUGAUGCGUAUCUAAAAGCAAUGGCUACCUUUUCUGUUGAAUAUUUUAAAGUUUUUGAGUUUUUGGCGAUGAAGGUCUGUAAAAAAACGCAAUAAAUCAAGCAAU